CCGACGAGCCUUCCUCAUUUUCGCUCAUUUCAAACGCUUGCUUUCCUUACGCAUCUUGUCCAUUUCCCAAUAAUCUCCACACCCGGUCUUUUGGGUGGAUUCACUCUCUUAAAGACCAAGUUUGCCUCAUACAAGAUGCGAAUAGCACCAUCAGACACCUCAUGGGCAUUUUGUCCUGGGUCGCUGCCCUUUCUCCUUCUGGUUCUCAUACUUUUGCAGACUUUUUCUUUGAGCCAUGCUAUUACUGAUGAUGAACGGCUUUCUGAAACCGAAACCGCUCGUCUGGAGGCUGAAACCCUUUCUUUUACCACUACUCUCAACCUUUCGGCUGCCGAUCGUGCUGCCAUUCUCGAAAAGUAUGCGCCAAUAGUUUAUUUACACCCACGCGAUAGAUGGAGACCCGCCGAUCCAGCAAAGAUUUUUGAGGCCUCGAAGCUUGCGGAGGAUAACAGAACUCUGGUAAUACCAGAACACAUGUUGCAUGGAGACGAAGUCGAAGAGGGAGGGACGAUGCGGGCAAAGGUUGUUGGCCAAGUAGUGCAGGAUGGUCCCGGAAAGAAGACAUAUUUGCAGUACUGGUUUUUCUAUCCUGUCAAUGGCUGUCAAGGCUUCCGGAUAGGAAUAUGGAGUGGUCUAAAGUCCUUUGUGAGCGAAAGAGCCGAGAAUUUUGAAUGGUGUGGGAUGGCAUUUCACAAUGGAGACUGGGAGCAUAUCACUGUGCAGCUGUCCAGCGUCUGGGCGGGCGGCUCGGUCGACACUGCACCACCGGUGGAAGCCAUUGCCUUUUCCCAACACUCUGGAUCCCAAUGGCUCCCGGCCUCAGCUGUGAAGUUCACCGCUACACAUCCACAUGUCUACUCCGCGCUACACUCACACGCAAAUUAUGCUGUGGAAGGAACACAUAAGAACAUUGAUGACACAUUUGCCUUCGUCUCGCGGAUAUCCCCACUCUUGACGCUCGGCUCGGUGCAAUGGAUACAAAUUGCAGACGUUGCCGAUCUUCAGUCGGAUCUGUUCACAUACGAUGAGCCUCUGGGCCGAAGGUUUCAACGAUUCAUCGUUUGGAAAACUUGGGAGGAUGGGGUGUGGGAUUUUACAGAUAGAGGUGAUCAUGGUGACUGGGCAAGAUUCUCGGGAUAUUGGGGUUUACCGGUGGACCAAACCGAAAUUAUUUUGCCUCCAUUGGGAGUGACGGCCGGGACCCAGCUACUAUCUGCUACGGUGGGCGCAAAGCAUAUGGGCUUGUUGCGCAAGUUUGUUCACAAAUUUGAGCAGGCCCCUAAAGGCCCGCGGCAACAUCGAACAUGGUAUACGCUCGAUAGUCCAUCCUUUAUAUAAUGUGCGCAUGCUCACGGACCUGCGUUACUCCUAUUACAUUCUUCGUAUAAUGUGUGUGUGGAAGCAAUGUCCUAUGUAUAUAUAUUUUAGCAACCACGAUGUAAUGAUUGUGCACAAACAAAAUCCAAUUGGAGAAAUAAAGUAACUUUCGCAUGA